GCCUUCGUGCUUCAAACAUAUAAGUUAAUCCACCUAAUAAACACUAACAAAGUAACUAACAAUUAGCCGCAAAUCAACGUAAAAACAGUAAAUAAGAAGAUGAUGGGCAUUUUAAAUGAUUCUGAUAGUGAAGAUGAAUUACCUCCUGGGUGGGAGGAAAUGACAACUGUUGACGGAACCGUCUAUUAUGUGAACCAUUAUACAAAAGGCACACAAUGGACACAUCCUAGGACUGGUCGCAAAAAAAUUGUUGAAGGAGAAUUACCAUCUGGAUGGGAGAGAUGCAUAUCAGAUGAUGGUAAAGUUGUAUUCAUUGAUCACAUGAAUCGUACAACAACAUAUACUGAUCCACGACUUGCAUUUGCUACGGAAUAUAGAGAAUUAUCGCAACCAGUACGACAGCGUUUCGAUGGAAGUAGUACAGCAUUAUCCGUUUUACAUGGUCGGGAUUUAAGAGGCAAAAUUGCUAUUGUUACAGGUGCUAAUACAGGCAUAGGAUUUGAAACUGCUAGGUCAUUAGCUUUUCAUGGUUGCAGAGUUAUCUUGGCUUGCAGAGAUUUAAAAAAAGCUGAAAAAGCCAUACAGAAAAUACAAGAAGAACGGGAAAAUGUAAUGUGUGAAACAUUACACUUAGACUUGUCUUCAUUACACAGUGUCAAAGAAGCAGCUGAUCAAUUUAAACAAAAAUAUAGAACAUUGCACAUUCUUAUAUUAAAUGCUGGAGUUUUUGCAGUUCCUUAUGAACUUACAAAAGAUGGUUAUGAAACAACAUUUCAAGUGAAUCAUCUUUCUCAUUUUUAUUUUACUCUUUUAUUGGAACAUCCUAUUCGAAGUUGUCAUAAUUCUAGAGUAGUGGUGGUUUCAAGUGAAUGUCACAGAUUUUCAUCUCUCCGAACAGUAGAAGAUUUUCAUCAAUUGACUCUUUCUCCACCUGCAUAUAAGUAUUGGUUUAUGGGAGCAUAUAAUGAUUCGAAACUAUGUAAUAUUUUAUUUGCACAAGAAUUAGCGAGACGUUGGCCUUCUGUCAGUGUAUUUAGUUGUCACCCUGGUAACAUGGUUUCAUCGUCACUACCCCGUUAUUCGUGUUUAUUACGAUUAUUGUUCACGCUAGUCCGACCUUUCACAAAAUCACUGCAACAAGGAGCGAGUACACAAGUUUUCUGUGCUACCGCACCUGAGCUAGAAGGUGUAACUGGAGUUUAUUUCAAUAAUUGCUACCGUUGUAAUACAUCAAGUGCAGCAUUAGAUUCUGCACUUGCAUCAAGAUUAUGGUCUGUUAGUCAAGAAAUGAUUAUAAGUGUUAUGAAGAAAGACAAAUUUUUGGAAACAGCACAAAAGCGGCACAUGCUUUAAUCGAAUGGAACUAUAAACGAACAAAAGUUCAGUAAAAUAUACAAAGUAGAAUGUACUUUUAUUAAUAAAAAAUGUAUAUUUAUUGUUAUUGAUAAUUUCAUUACACAUUUAAUACAAUUGUUUUUAUAUGUUU